ACAUAUUUUUGCUGUUUGCACCAAAACGAAAAUUGUUGUUGCUCUGGGCAAUUUUUUCCGAGCCAAAUUUGAGGAUGCGGCUGGCCCUUCGCUGGACUUUUACGUGUCCGACUCGAUGCAGGACAUGCUGGACGUGGACAUCCGGGCGGAGAUAGCCAGCACAUUGGCUACCUCUAGCGACCUGACCUCGCUGGACCACGCCCUGGAGACGAUUUCGGCCAUCAACAACAACACGAGCAGCGGCAGCAACCUGCCGGUGGCAUACAACGCCAACGCCAAUUUCCUGGCCAGCAGCACGCUGCACUCCUCGCCGACGGCCAAGUGGAUGGGCUCCUCGGCCAACUUCUGGUCGAACACCGACUACUACGCCGAUCUGGGGGCCUGCGUGAACCCCAUUUCGGUGAUGCCGCUGAUCAACUCCGCUGCCUGCUCGGCCUCCUCCAUGCUGGGGUCGCCGCGCAGGGGCAAGGCAGCCACUUCCACACAGUCGCGGGCCGUGCCGGCAUCGCCAUGCGGGGACCGGGACCAGCACAAGUCACAUCUGACCUUCUCGCCGGCCCAGAUGAAGGUCAGCGCUGGAUCGCUGCGCCGGGAGCAAGUGAGCGCACACAUACCCAAACAGAUUUCGGUGGUAACCGGCACCGGGAGCACGGCACCGGCCACCAUGGCCACCAACUCGGUGCUGCAGCGCCGAAACUCCUCGGCAGUGGAUGCAGUGCGCAAGGAUCUGGGCACGGAGCUGCGCAGGGCCCAGUCGCAGUCCAGUCCGUCUGAGGAGGGCGGCAACAAGACCUCAAAGACCUCCUCCAACCAGCUCACCGCCGGAGGCGUCUCCACCAACACGAUCAAGCUGGCGCCCGGCAUCGGGGGCCUAACCUUCGCCAACAGCGCCGCCUACCAGAAGCUGAAGCACCAGUCGUCGGCCAAGUCCCCCAACGGUUCGUCCCCGAGUUCGGGCAACGGCAUGGUCCUGAAGCGGGAGGAGGCCUCCAAGCGCGGCCUGCUGCAGCAGGGGAGCACCACACCAAAGAGCAUCGCCUCGGCGGCCCAUUCGCCGCACCACCAGAUGCAGAGCAUGGGCUCGCCAUCGUCCGGCUCGUCGCUGGCCUCCUCCUCGCCGCUCAGCAAUGGCAGCAACCUGGUCAACAUCGCCAACAACAGCAGCGGCAGUGCUGGUCUCGUCAAGCCGCUGCAGCAGAAGGUCAAGCUGCCUGUCGUGGGCAGCGCCUUCCCCAAGCCGGCCUACUCAUACUCCUGCCUCAUCGCGCUGGCCCUGAAGAACUCGCGGGCCGGCUCGCUGCCCGUCUCGGAGAUCUACAGUUUCCUGUGCCAGCACUUUCCGUACUUCGAGAAUGCGCCGAGUGGCUGGAAGAACAGCGUGCGGCACAAUCUGUCGCUGAACAAGUGCUUCGAGAAGAUCGAGCGCCCGGCCACGAAUGGCAAUCAGCGCAAGGGCUGCCGCUGGGCCAUGAACCCGGAGCGCAUCACCAAGAUGGACGAGGAAGUGCAGAAGUGGUCGCGCAAGGAUCCACAGGCCAUACGCUGCGCCAUGGUCUAUCCGGAGCACCUGGAGUCGUUGGAGCGCGGCGAGAUGAAGCACGGAUCGGCCGACUCCGAUGUGGAGCUCGAUUCGACGUCGGAGAUCGAAGAGUCCUCCGAUCUGGAGGAGCAGGACUUCGACGACACCCUUGUGGAUGCGAUGCUCGUUGAGGAGGACGAAGAUGUCAUGGACGAGGAUGAGGACGACGAUAUGCUGGGCGAAUUCGAGGCCGAGGAAGAGCUACUCGCCAGCCACUCCGCUGCCAGCCAGUCGAGCCAUCACCUGCCCCUUCACCACGUCCUGCUCGGCCAGAAGAGCAACGACUUUGACAUUGAGGUGAGUUUGGAAAGGCACCUGGUCGAGAAGUCUUCGUUGCUAUACGAGAAGGUCGACGAACAACUGUACGAUGCCAUCGACAUCGAGGACGAUAAGGAGGCAGUGCGCCGCGCCAUAGCCAGUGGCCAAGGCACACACAUCAUCGAGCUGAAUCCGGCCGAUCUGAAUGCGAACCACAACGGCUACCACCACCAGCAGCAGCAGCAGGCGAAGCGUGCGCGUCUGGACAUCAACUAUGCCAUCGGUCCCGCCGGCGAGCUGGAGCAGCAGUAUGGCCAGAAGGUGAAGGUGCAGCAGCUGGUGCAGACACAGGCGCAGCCACAGCCGACCACAUACAAUCGCCGCAAGAUGCCGCUGGUCAACCGCAUCAUUUAAAGGGGCAAAGCCCAAGCCGCCCCGCUCUCUUCGAUUUGCACAAACCACAUACCAUGCAGCACCACAGUAGUAGCCAUGGAUGUGGCACGCACACCCACACACACGCGCAUAAUUAAACAGCAUACACUUAGUGCUAGGCCCACGCGUCAUAGUAUAGGAAAGAAGCCCCCUUGCUACGCUUAAACGUAUCCCUAAGAACAUUUUCGGUAAUCAUUUGUCAGUUGUACCCGUGCCCAAUACCCAUCUAAACUGAUUGAAAAUCAGAAUUUAUACAUUUUAUUACUUUGGAGAUCUCAUUUCUCUCCAGUUAAGCUUACUUUGAAUCUUUUUGUAGUCCUUAUUAAUCUGUGGUCGAUUUUCGAAUAAAUCUAUGCCAAUAAUUGUAAAGGAUUGCUCGAAAGUUUUGCCCCAAUCGCAACUCUGUCUUGAGUCUUGACGCUUGAGCAGUAGAAAGAAACUCUCAACCAAGUGAAAGUCUCAGUAGUUAGUCCUGACCCUGAACCUCUGACGAUGCAUAAAGCUAUUUGUAAUGUUAAUUUUUUUCCAAUUUUGAAUAAUUUAUCUCCCUUGACCUGACCCCCGUUGACCACAAACACCCUGACAAACGUGAAGAUUUCAUACUCCAUUAAACUUAACGAAACUUGACGCAGUUAUUAUAUAGAAUAUAGAUUAUUGACAAUGUGCAACACAACAACACACAAAAACAAAAACAACAACGAUUUUUGGACAACGAAAUGGGAACAAUAUGUUCGCUUUUCCACCUUUUGUUAAUCUUUUGUACCCGAAAUGUGACAAUUUGCAGCAUUUGCAAGCAUUUUUCAGCCGAUUCCGAAUCCGAAUUCCAACUUUAAGUUAGGUAAUGUUGUAAAAAAAAAAAAAACAAAA